CGGCGGUCUCAACGUCGAGCUGACACGAGGCACAUAGAGAGAUAGAAAGUCAUAGGGGAAAAAGGGCCUUACUCAGAGCACCAGUGCAUAACACCCUCUCCCUCUCACUCGACGAUACUUCCCAUCCACGAAGGUCAAAUCAUGAGCCAUCUCGUCGGAAACAUCCUGGAACGCAAACCGAGCAGCCAGCCCGCAAGUGCGCCACAGGUCUCAACUAGCGCGCGAGGAGGCUUUCCUGCGGCCAUACAUCGCUCUCAAAGCGCAUUUGCACGAUCCCGACUUCGCAAGAACAAUGGAUCCACAACCCUCAACGGAUCUUCUGCGCCUCCCUCCGUUCAUUCGGCUUCGGGGACGUCUAAGCCAUCCUCCCCUUUGCGCAUGAUGUCGACCUCGUUGGCGAACGAAACAAGCGCCCCCUUGAAGCCAGCGCCUACCACUAAUGGCCUCCUUCCCUCGCGAUCGGCACCCAGUACCUCAAGCUCAUGGGAGGAACAAAUGCGCCGCGAGAACGACGAGAGGAUCGCAGGCAUGACCGAAGAGGAGCGUAUGGAGGGCAUCCAGGAGGUCGUCAGCACGUUCGGGCCAGACAUCCAAGACCUCAUGCGCACCAUACGCGAGAACCGCGAGCGCAGGCAAAGCGGAUCCGGAGCUGCAGCCUCAACGUCUACCGAGAAGGUCGACGAUGCUGUCGAAGUGCUACCACACAAGUCAGCGAUGUCGGUGGAUACCGCGGUCGCAGGCCGCAAGCACGCAACCCCGGAUGAUUUGCGUUCUCGACUAGAAGAAGUACCCCUCACUAGUGAAGAAGCUGUCGUCACGCGCCCGUCGUCGCCCACAGCGCUACCCUCACCCGCUCUGUCGCGCUCGAACACUCGUCCGUCCAGCCGUGCUGAUCGCCGGUUGAGAUUCGCUGCAGUGCAGCCCAAGGACGUCCAUGUCUACGAGUCUGCGCCACCGUCCCCAAAAAGGCGACUUCUCGCACUCCCUCCGCCAGAAGCUGGUGACGACGAUGCGGUCUCGCUAGGGCAGUUCAAAGUCACCUCGAAGAGUCUACCCUCGUCACCGACACUGGUGCACUCGCCCUUGCCAUCUUCGUCAUCGCAUGCACCGGAAAGUUCAGGCAACGCCACACCAGCGGCCAGCUCAUCGCAAGCUCAAUCCACCGCUGACCUGGAAGAGGGCACGCCCGAGUACAUCCGCCGCCGCUUCUUUCCCAACGUCGCCGCGGACGACCCCAACCUUGCCUGGAUGGAGUCGCAGCCCGCCGUCGACCCCUCCGCCCCCAAGCUCCGCUUCGACCUCCACGGCGCCCCGAUCCCGCCCAACGUUUCCUCCCAGCUGCCUACUCACCUCGGCUUGCACCACCACGCGGAAGGAGAACAUGCCGGGUACACAAUCGACGACGUCUUCCUCCUCUGCCGCUCGACCGUCCCCGCGCAGCGCGCGACGAUGCUCGGCGUCCUCGCGGGAAUCAUCAUGCGCCUCGCGGAGGCCCAGCGUGGGCUGGUGGACGGCAUGGAGGAGCUCAGAGGCCGCGAGGAGGAGAUCCGCGCACGAGCGCUCGCUGCUGGCGCCGAGGCCAUGAGCGAGCGCGGCAGCGUCGGCGCGCGCGCCGUUGAGCUCGUUUGGGCCACCAUCGUUGGCUGGGACGUGUCCGCCACGCAAGUCGACGGCGUCGAACUCGAGGCUCCGGGCGACUCCUCGAUCGCCUCGCUGCCCAUCGAGCCCUUCCUUGAACGCAUCGCGGCGCUCUUCAAGCAGCGCGAUUUGGGACCGGCGCCGCUUGCGCAGCUGCUCGCGGUGCUGGUGCGCUUAGCCAAGCACAACGACAAGUGGGCGGAGGCGAUUGCGGGGGAUGCAGGCUUGUUGUCGAACGUGAUGUCGCUGUUUGUGCUGACGCCUUAUCCGCCGAGAGAUGGCGUGUCGCUGCCUCAACCGCUGGCUUUGGAUCUCCUGUAUGCGCUUGCUUCUGCAUCUAGGACGGCUGCGCAGGCGAUUGUUGGGCCUGCAGAUGCGCUACUACGCUUCCUCACGAGCACGCCCGAUGACUCCGUGUACGAGCGUCCCUUAGUGGACGAGCUCCUGCGCGCGACGUUGCGGGUGUACGCAGGUCUCGCUGCCUACGGGCUGCACGCACAUCUCGCGACGACAGCCGCCGAACCCCUCACACGAAUAACGCGCUAUGUGCUCUCGUCGGACACACCGCGAGCGACUUUGUGUGCUUGGGCGCGCCUGUACGAGGCUUGGAUUACCUGCGCCGUCGACCCGCAUCGGACCUCGCCUCCUCACGAGAUACUCUGGAGUCAGGUCCUAGGCUGGGGCUGGAUGGACGAUCUUGCGGAAGCGACGGAGAAGCUCACCGCGGUACCCGCAGACCGUCCAGCAUGGGUCGCGCUGUGGAUGGCGCAGGCAGCCUGGCUGGAGGGCGCGCGGGUCAAUGGCGUGCGCGGCGGCUCGGAAGAGCGCAACGAAGCUGCCGUACGCUUGCGGCCAGAUUUCGAGGAGGGCGGGCAAGCGCAUGCGGUCGUUUCCGCUGCGGUGGAAAUAGUACGCGUUCAGCUGUCGACAGAUGCGCCCGAUAUUCGACAACUGGGGGAGAACUUGAGGGUACUGACGGCUGCUGUCAGGCUUUUGUUGUCGUGUUUGCCUUCUGCGCCGGAGGAGAUUGCGGACGGGCCGCCGUUCCCUCUACCGUUCUCCUUCCUGUCCGAGGCGAGUGCCAGGCUGGUUGGGCAUGUGUUGUGGGAUCGCCUGGAUGUCAACUCCCCUCGAAACUACUCACUCCAUCGACUACUCUCGCAGUACCUUGCCGUUUAUCUGCAAUUGUCGCGGCGACUGCCUGGCGUACCGUCGGACCUCUGGCUCGCGCAGGCAUUCACGAUGGUAACGAGAUUCCUGCCCGGUGACGAGUUGGCGGCGCUGGGAAUCGUCAACGAUAUCGUCGACCUCAUCACACCCAACUGGGACCAGGCUCGCGGCUGUAGUGUACCAUCGGCAGUCUGGGAGCGAGGCGGCUUGACAGUCAUCCAGCCUUUCCUCCGCUCGGCCCUCAAGCCCUUAACCGAUGUAUGCAUUGCUCCGCUGAACCCAACGCCGAGUUCUAUCCAGCAAUCGACGACCCUACGUCUGCCGAAAGCAUCAGGCUACCGCCAACACGGUCUACCAGCGUCUCGGAAUUGGAUGCUCUCCCCGCUAGGCCAGCUUUUGCGUUCGGGCACAGCACCCGUGUUCAAAUCACUGCCAUCAGACUGGGACGCUACCGAGACCGAGAUCGUACGCGCGACGCUUGCACUCACAAGUAUCGCUCGCGAUGUCUUGGGUCGCUUCCUUCCCGCUCGGUCUGCGCUGUCGCGAGAGGAAGCUGCGUUUGGCUGCAUGCAAGUCUUCAUGCUCGAGCACGACCAGCCACAGGCCCAAGAUAACGCAGAGGUCUUCCGCGACGCCGUCGUCGGCCGGCUCAUGGACUCGCUCCUCGAACCCUACACAAUACAAGCAGGCUGGAAAGAGCAGGACGACAUCGAGCGUGUCGCAGUUCGCUUCCUCGGCGCCGGGACGCCCUUCUUCCAGUUCUACCAGGACUUCGUCGGGCUCUACGAUGCGGUGUCCUUUGCCCAUCAGACGUUCGCGCGCCUCCUGCUCGUACCGACGUCCCUGCGCUAUGUCGAGGACUACCGCAAGCUCCUCUGGGAUGACUACGGCCACCUCCUGCGCGGCAUACGGUGCGAAGCGGCGGACGUCGUCGCGGGCAGUGCGGAGGAGUACCUCGAGCCCAUCGAGAGCUCAGCGGUCAUGCUUGGCGCCUAUCUCAAGUGCCUCAUCAAGAGUGCGCCGCGGGGCUUCGUGCGGUGGAUCGCAGUGCACCAUGUCGCGUGUAAUAUCUGGUCGGACCUACGCGGCGAGACAGGAUCGGAUGAGCGGGUGAACAAGCUGCUGCAAUCGAUGGCGGCGCAGGCUAGCAAGGAGGUGUUGCGUGAUGUGGUUCUGUAUGUGCGGCCGGAGGUUGGCGCUUCCUGGACGCCACCGUUAGAGGGGGCAGAGGUUACUAUGUCUGAGGAUGUGAGGAGCGAAAGGCGGGAGUAUGUGCGCGCUGUGAUGGCGGGCAGCAUGCAGGAGGCGUUGACCCAGCUGUUGGCUUGAUUGAUGUGCUUCACGAGUGGUUCGCAUUGCAUAGACGUCAUCGUACUCUACAAUAUCUUCUUGUAUCAUACUCGACCAUCUACACACGAUAUACGCAACUGGCACAUCUCAUCCAAACCAGCGAUGGCCACAAUGGUUGAGUCAGUACGGUGACUCGAACGACUGCUACCUGGGUUGCGUACUUGCGUCGCUGCUUAAAUUGCAACCACAGCCAUCAAAAAGGAUAUUCACG